CCACGAUGACCGACAGAAGCCCCUUUGAAACGGACAUGCUGACCCUCACCCGCUAUGUUAUGGAGAAGGGUCGCCAGGCGAAAGGGACAGGGGAGCUCACGCAGCUGCUGAACUCCAUGCUGACGGCCAUCAAAGCCAUCUCCUCGGCCGUGCGCAAGGCAGGCCUGGCCAACCUGUAUGGGAUUGCGGGCAGCGUGAACGUGACUGGGGAUGAGGUGAAGAAACUGGACGUGCUGUCCAACUCCCUGGUGAUCAACAUGCUCCAGUCCUCCUACAGCACCUGCGUGCUGGUGUCAGAGGAGAAUAAAGAGGCGAUGAUCACGCCCAAGGACAAGAGGGGGAAAUACGUGGUCUGCUUUGACCCACUGGAUGGAUCGUCCAACAUCGACUGUCUGGCCUCCAUCGGAACCAUUUUUGCCAUCUACAGAAAGAGCUCAGAGGACGAGCCUUCUGAAAAGGAUGCCCUGCAGCCAGGCCGCAAUAUCGUGGCCGCGGGCUAUGCCCUGUACGGCAGUGCGACCCUGGUGGCUCUUUCCACUGGGCAAGGAGUGGACCUCUUCAUGCUUGACCCAGCUCUUGGCGAAUUUGUUCUGGUGGAAAAAGAGGUCAAAAUUAAAAAGAAAGGGAAGAUUUACAGCCUCAAUGAGGGCUAUGCCAAGUAUUUUGAUGCUGCCACCACGGAGUAUGUGCAGAAAAAGAAAUUUCCUGAGGACGGCGGGACUCCAUACGGGGCCAGGUAUGUGGGCUCCAUGGUGGCCGAUGUGCACCGCACCCUGGUCUAUGGAGGGAUUUUCCUAUACCCAGCGAACCAGAAAAAUCCUAAGGGCAAGCUCCGGCUCCUGUACGAGUGCAAUCCCGUGGCCUUCAUCAUUGAGCAGGCGGGAGGCUUGGCGACCACAGGCACCCAGCCCGUGCUGGAUGUGAAGCCCGAGACCAUUCACCAACGCGUCCCCCUGGUUCUGGGGUCCCCAGAUGAUGUGCAGGAGUAUCUCACCUGCGUGCAGAGAAACCAGGCAGGCAGGUAGUGGACUGGACCCUGCAGGCCCU